AUGUCUAAGGAAAAAGGAGACGUGGAUGGCAAAGCUGUCCAGAUUGUAAAAUACGAUCAAACAAAAUCGGGUAAUGCAAAGUUUCAUUACAUGGUAGAAGAAAUCAAAAAGAUUUUCCUUGCUGACGACGUGAAAGACAAAAAGGCUGUUAUCAUAUCCAUUGCAGGUCCAGCUAGAAAGGGAAAAUCGUUUAUGCUGGGAUUCUUCAUGAAAUAUUUACAGGAUCCAGAUGGGGCUGCAAGUUGGGACGAGAAUGAGCCACUUAAAACUUUCCAAUGGGGAGGAGGAUGUAAAAGCAUUACAUCUGGAUUGUGGAUUUGGAACAAACCAUUUAUUUCUAAGACGGCAUCCGGAGAAGAAGUUGCAGUUUUUUUAAUGGAUUCACAAGGACUCUAUGACAGGAACUCAUCGAUGAAUGACUCUACACUUAUUUUUGCUUUUAGUGUGCUUUUCAGUUCUAUCCAGGUGUACAACUUGAUGCAAGACAUACAAUGCAAUGACCUGGAACAUCUUGAGCCAACAGUUCCGAAAUUUUUAUACUAG